CUCGUGGGGGUAGAGGCGGGGGAGGAGAUAAUGCAGGGUUUUAUUUCAACUAUGAAGGUGGACAGCGACAGCAGACUCAUCAGCCACCAUCGUACCAGAAGGACUCCCUGAUUAACAGCUCUGUGGUGUUCCAGAACCCAUCAGAGAGUGUCCCCAAGAGGGACUACAGUGAGAUGCCCCUUCUAGCUGCUCCCCCUCAGGACGGACAGAAGAUCGCCUUCAAGCUGCUGGAGCUGACAGAGAACUACACACCAGAGGUGUCUGAGUAUAAAGAGGGGAAAAUCAUUCAUUUCGACCACAGCACCAAACAGAUUGAGCUCGAACUGCUCUCUGCUUAUCAAGCGCCCGUGGAGCCGGGAAGUUUGACCUGGUGUAUCAGAACGCGGACGGAUCCGAGAGUGUGGAGUACGCUGUGUCCCGGGGCUCCAGGGUGACUGAACGUUGGGACUCACUGCUGGAACCCAGGCUAGUUGUUGGGAAUUUGAGCUGAGGAACAAGAUGGACGUUCUUGGUCGACUUGGCCCAGGCAUUUCUAUAACACUGGCCCAUUUCCCCACUCGGAGUUCUCCAGUAUUGGCCAAAUUAUAAUAAUUCAGCACACAACCCCAAUUUAGACUGGGUUAAAAAUGGACCAGCCCAAAUUUGGCAUUUGCCAGAUCUGCCCCAUGGCCAGUCCGUUUCUGGUUGGACGGACUGGGGCUUGUUCUGACACCUCCAUAGACAGUUUACCCUGGACCCAGAUUAAGCUGGAGAUGUUCCAUUGACUAUGAUUUUGUUUAGUUCAGGAGUAGAGCCUUAAUCUGGGUCUGGGAAACCAGCCUGUCAACAUGUGGUUGACUCUACAGUCUCUCUGAUGAAGAGCUAUAUACUGGUAGCUAUUUUACCUUACUAAACCCCUUAUCCCAGCCUUACUGUCAACAUGUGGUCGACUCUACUAAUUCAGGAUGUUUUUUUUAAUGGAGAUUUGUUAAAUUCAAUA